CCGUUCAUUCACUUGAAUUUAGUACGCGAAGCAAGCUGCCGGUCGCCGAUCGAAGUUCCCUGGGCCGUUUCGCACGAAAAAUCCCCAUUGGUUCCUUCGUUUCGCGUUAUCCGUUUCCAUUCGUUAGGCAUUUUGUUUUUCGCGAAACAAUAAGCAAAGCAGAACGUGUGUUGUACCCAUUUGUUAGUGUGCUAGUUUUUCUCGUACUUCCCGUGUCCUGCUGCUGUCAACGUUAAGCGAAACAGCGCUUCGCAUCGAUCUCAACCCGAUCUCCCGAGCAGGAAAAGGCUUCAGUUUUAAACGUAACCGAAUAAAAAAAAUAAUAUCGGACUGCCGAGCGCACGUGUACGCGUUAUCGGUCGUUGUUCGUACGUGCAUUUAAAGUGUUAUUUUGUGCAUGUGUGUAUCGUCGUGCAUGCCUGGGAAAAUAUGUGUCUUUGCAAAGUUACGGUGAAACGGAAGGGCUUCGAAAAGCCAGAUAAAGCGACAUCAAGCCAUUAGUGGAGAAAUAUAAUAAAUAUUAAAAAAUGGUACCCAUUACUAACAAUUGCUCGCCAUCUUUUUCAACCACAAGGAAGAAGAGUUGUAACGCGUGAAAAUACAAAAAGGCUACGUAGUGAAGGAGCUAAGCAUACUAGAACCAAGUCGACGAACCAAAAAAAUUAGAUGCGCUCGUGGCGUAUGUGUGUGUAUGUGUAUGUAGAGUGAUCAUCUUUCCAUUGGUGCUAAUUAAGUAGGCUCCGUUGUUGCUAUCGGUGUGUUUUUGCGGUUUUGUUUCACAUCGUUGAAAGCAAAACGCUUUGUUGUCACGUGUUGUGUGCAAAACCGAAUACUUAGAAGGAAAAUAUAGUACAAAAAUCCUUAUUUCGUUCAAUCGCAUAGAGUACGACUAGGGUCGCAUUUUAUCAAAAACACAAGCGUUCAAAAGGCGAAGCAAACAGUGUGAUAAAUCUCCAGUGUAAACGUUAUUCUACGUCAUACGAUACGAAAACGAAUCGGAUGCAGCGCAAAAGUAAACCGUCACUUCCAUUCUAUCUAAGGUAGUGGAAACAGUGAGCAAAGUAUUUGGCAGCAGCAAGCUCCAGCACCAACAAGGCCGUCAGCAGUAUUGUAACAAAGCUUGGAUAUCUUAGUCCACCAUCUUCCGGGAUAAAGAUUGUCAUCGUUAUUCCUGGAUAGCUACAUCAAGCGAAAGUGUGGAAAAGAAGCGAGAGCAAGACAACAGACCCAAAAGACAGCUAAAUGGAAGUAGCACGAAAAAGAUACAAAUCUAGCCGGGGUCCGGUGUUAAGGUCAAGCGAACGUCGCCGUCCACAGAGUAUAUCGUCAUCCACCCCUGCACUACUGCCGCGCGUGGUCCUGAACCGCAUCGAUCCGAGAGACUGCGAGCAGCGCAUUCGCGUGUCGUACAAGGUUGCCAUCCGUAGCACCAGAAGCAGUCGCACAAACAACACCAGCAGCAGUCACAGUGGCAUGAAUAUGGGCCAAAAAAUCAGUGGCAGCGUCAAAACGGUCAGCCGCGAUCAGCCGUCCCCGUUCAUUCCGAAGAUUCCCCGCGAACUGGCCGCUCACUUCCAGCGCCCCGCUCGGCUGGACGUCCUGCUCGAUAUGCCACCGGCACCGCGAGAAACGCAGCUCAAAUAUUCCUGGAACUCGGAGGACCGAUCGCUAAACGUGUUCGUCAAGGAGGAUGACAAAAUGACCUUCCACCGACAUCCGGUGGCACAAAGCACAGACUGCAUACGGGGCAAGGUGGGCUUCACCAAGGGCUUGCACGUGUGGGAGGUGUUCUGGUCGACACGGCAGCGCGGAACGCACGCAGUGAUCGGAGUGGCGACCGCGGAAGCACCCCUGCACUCCGUAGGUUAUCAAAGCUUAGUCGGCCUGAACGAGCACAGCUGGGGCUGGGACCUGGGACGCAAUAAACUGUUCCACAACUCCAAGUCCUGCCCGGGUGUCACCUAUCCUGCGAUACUGAAGUCGGAGGAAACGUUUCUGGUGCCGGACAAGUUCCUCGUCGCACUCGACAUGGACGAGGGUACGCUCAGCUUUAUCGUCGAUGGCCAGUAUUUAGGUGUGGCGUUCAAGGGACUGAAGGGGCGUAAACUUUACCCGAUCGUAUCGGCCGUCUGGGGGCACUGUGAAAUAACGAUGAAAUAUAUUGGCGGCUUGGACCCCGAACCGCUACCACUAAUGGAUCUCUGCAGGCGCGUCAUCCGCCAGAGAAUCGGCCGGACGUAUCUAGAGGAACGUAUACCAAACCUAGCCCUGCCGCAAUCGAUGAAAACCUAUCUAUUGUACCGGGAUCGAAGAUAAUAAAACGUCCGACAAGCGGCUGCAGACAUGCUAUAGGAGAAGGGAAGGGGCUUCGAUGAGUCUAACAAGGGCGAAACACCAUCAUCACCAUGGAAAACGACAGCAAACAUAACACACACACACACCUCCACGAAAAAUGUUCAACCGAAUCCAUCAACAGAGCAACCACCACACAACAUCCUCCCGGCGAUGCAUGCGUUCGUCAUGAAGUGUAGUGCUUCGCCGAGUGGAGGUAUUCUUCUUGUAUUCUGAUUUUGGCUUCGUCUUCAUCAACCGCCGAUAAUGCGCUAACGCAUCAUCCUCCAGUAAUGUGCCAGCCAGCGAUCGAGUUUUUUUUUGUUUGUUAGUUUUGUUUUGCUUUGCGGUUUCUCGUCUAUCGCCAGCCAUUUGCGUGCAAGUUAUGUGCACUGUUAGAAACAAUAGUGUGUGUAGAUGGUGAUAAAGAACACAAGCUCACAAUCUCGGGUCUUGGGUCUCUGUAGCUAUUGCGAUUUAGAAGGAUAGUAGCUCUAACUACUACCGUCUCACUUAGACAAUGGGAAGCAGAGGUCGAGCUCGAAAUCGAAAUCCUAAUUUUACGAUCAUAACACCGACCAAGGCAGCACGGCUAUUAAGUAUAGAUUAAUAAUUGUGUCCACUGCCUAUCCCGGCGAAGAUUACGAUAGCUUACUAUUACACUUAAUUUUAUUGGACUAAUUUUUAUGGACAUUUUAGGACGUGGUAAAAUAUUAAAUUUGCGCUGCAUUAGACAAGCAUAGCACAUGAGUCAGAGAAAACAAAACAACAAUCAGCUCGAAGUCUUGACCUGAAAGCAUCGUGAUUAUUUGCUGGUACGAUCCGUGUAGUCAGACCAUAUAGUUUUGAUUUAUUUCACAAUCCUGUACUACUUUGUGAUAAAGAUAAAAUAGUGUAACAACAUUCAAAAGCAAAAUCGUUCGUAUAUGAAGUCGUUGCGGUGUGCAUGUGGUAUGAUGGUAUGACAGAACAUUUCCCAACACGAAGUAAAAGAACCCUUGUCCACGAAGGAUCAAUUGGCAAUUGGCACUGCUAGCUGCCUGGGAGGGUUUUGAAAACACAACCACACUUGCAUUCAUGUUUCUAUGUGUGUGUAUGUGUGUGUUGUGUGUAUUCCAAGUAGUGUUCCGGAAUACGAUCGCCAUGGGAUUCGCGAGAAACCAGUUCAGUCAGCGGACACUCUCAGCAAGCAGGGUGUGAUUAUAAGCAAUAAUUACUGAUAAACAGACUGGUGGAGGGAGUGUAGAGUGUAAAGCCAGGAGAGGGGAUCAACGACGGCUACGGGAUGUGGUGACCACCGCCUUUCGCACAAAACUCUUACCACAACCCUGGUAACAGCACAACCUCUCAUUAUACAUUUAUAUACAUAGUAACUACACACAAACAAACAAACAAACAACCAUUCUGAGCGCAGAGCCCACACCACGAGCCUCUUCCAUAGGACGUCUCUUUUUUGGGAUGACACAACAAAUAGUGGCAUAAUUGAUCUAAACGCGAUGCAAUAAGUUUUCUAUUCUGCCUGUCCGUUCAUGUCGGUGCAACGCGUGAAAGCGAACGAAACGAGCGCCUACGGAACGGAAAAUUGAAUGAGACACUAUUGAAACUACGGUUAACGAUAACACACACACACGAAACCUUAGCAUAAAAGCAAAAUGUGCGGUACAGUAAACAAGGGAAAAAAGGGGAAAGACUCAUGAACCGCGGCCGGUACUUGGUCUCGAGGAAGGCACGAGAAAAAAGCACGCAGAACUGCUGUAUAUUUGCGAGGGGGCUGUUGUGUCUUUGGCAGGGUGCAUUUUGUCGCAAGCUUUUUGUAAGAUAUGCUCCAAAUGAUAUGGUGAGCAGAGCUGUAACGGACAAAGGCAAACACGCAGCGCUCUCUGGCGCUUGGUUUUUCGGAGGGAUUGGCGCUUCCAAGACCGACACGAUUCACCCUGGUGGACUCAACGACAACCACGACGACGACGACGACGAUGACGAUCACUAUACCCAACCACCACCAAUUCAUGAUAUAUGAUGGACCUCCGGGUGUCAGAUGGCGUUUCUCCUUUGACAUUGUGGCCCGCUCUACUUCCAAUUAGUUCUUUUUUGUUUUGUUUUGUUUUUUUUUUGGUUGUAUGUACUACGACGCAAGUUGUAAACACUAGACAUACGCCGAAUAUCGUCACCCCCCUUCCUCACCAUCCUUACCUCUCUCCUCAAGGUAGCCAAUUUUUAAAUCUAAUUCUCCUUUGCAUGAUGUGUGUGCAACAAGAAAGCUCGAUGUGUACAUGUUUUAGAGUUUAAUUUUGUUUUUUGUUUUAACUUUUUCAUCCGCAAAAAAGCAAUACGCGGAUGCGGACGUCGCGCUCAAAAUUCUAAUCCCACGCUUUUGCUUCCAAUGUUCUCCAUCCCUAGCAGAGCACCCCUUUUGGUCAACUUUUUUAUAUUUCUAUUCAUUCAGCGCGCCCCUUUUUUCGAACGAAGGAUCAAACGAAUGAAUCAAUUGAUAAAUACACAUGCUUACACACACACACACCCUAGGACACUGAAACAAAAUGCCCCUCUUCACCCCCCCCCCUUCCCCUCUCAAAACGGACUAGAAAUCAUGGCGGUAAAGAGUAUCGAUAAACUGUGUUCUGUUUUUAUAAGCUUUUUUUUUAACAAGAAAACAAAAAAAUAUGUAAAAUAGUUUUUUUUAGUAAAAAAAAAGAAGAAAGAUAAACGAUAUUGUGAAACACGUGCAUGAUUGAGAUAUAAACAGUGCGCACGCGUGCGCGCGACGUGUGAUCGAGAGCCAGAAUAUAGCAAGCUAGCGCGAAGGAACGAAUGGGUUCAAGCAAAGUAAAGUGCGAUAUAAGGCAGCAAGGGCAAACAUCCUUAACACAAUGGCAAUGAAAGGCGACGAGUGCGUGAUAGCGGACGGAGACGAAUUAUGCACGGUAGGGGCUAAGUAUGCAUGAGGCUGCGUGAUUGUGACACUACUGUGUGUGUUCGUAUGGGGAUGUUUGGGAUGCGAGAUUAUGAUGAUAAUAUACUGCCUACGUAUGAAUGGGAACGAGCAAACGGAAUUAACGCUGAGUAAAAGAGAGAGAGAUAACGUAUGUGUGAGUGUGUGUGUGAGAGAGAAAGAGAGAUAGAGAGAGAAAGAGAACGAUCGAUUGCGGGAAUUGUGUAUGAAUGUGCUAGGACAAGGCAACGAAAAUAGACAAGAAAAUAUCGUUCCGCCAACGACGUGUGCGGAGGAGACUAAAGUAUAUAUAAUAUAGAGCAAAAUGUGAGGAAAAUUAAGCAAGAGUUUAGAGAAAGCAACAACAGCAACAACAACAACAAAAAAACAACAAAAUCACACAGAUAGCUUGACCGAGCAAACCGCUUCGUCGAGUAAGAUUAGGUCGAAGUAAGAGAGUGCAUGUGAAUGAAGAGAAAGCAUUAUAAGAGCGCGCCCUUCCGUUAGUGUGUGUGCAUUUAACGAGUGAAUGACUCCCGAUGAUGAUUCCUCUUGUUUAAUAAAUCUACUGGACUGACAAUGUGAGACAAAA